AGGCGUAGGCAAAACCGUUGGGAAUCAGAUCCCUCCUUUUAUUUGAUGAGGAUAAUAUAAUAAUAUUAAAAUAAGAAGGUCAAAAUUGCGGGAUCGAUGAAUCUAUACAUGUGGGUCCCCCUCUCCGGUGAUUUAAAAUACAAAAAUCAAAUAAAAACAAAAUCAUUUUAAUACAUUUGGCACCAAAACCAUGGACUCCCAACCUUAACUGCACCCGCGUUAACAAAUCGCUGCUGUUCCCGGCGACUUCAAAUUAUCCGGUGAAAUACCUCACCAAAUCUCCCUUUGCCACACAAAUCGACGCUGUUCUGAAUUUAGUAUUUGCUUUUUGUUAAACACCUGAACAAUUCCUGAAGAAAUCGAAGUGACUGAUGAGAAGUUGACAAUUACAAAGCUUCCUUCAAUUACGAUACAAGCGACAGAAAUAUCGGAGAAGAGUAUUUGACGUCUUUUCGAUUGUUCUGCUCCGGUGAUUGGCGACCCGGCUUAACGCGGUGUUUCGAAGGGGAGAAAAUCCGGUGAAGGAGGAAGAGGAGGUGGAGGAGGAGCGGAUAUUUGUUUUGGUAAGUAAUUUGAAGUUAGGUUUAGGGUAAGCGAAAGGUAUAUUAAUUAGGGAGCGGAGUCUGGUAAGGCCAUUUGUUUUUCUCUUCCUUUAUUAAUUGCAAUGAGAGAGAGAGAGAGAGAGAGAGAGAAAGACGUUCUGUAUAAUCUGCAAUGGCAGGUGACCUUUUUUUAGGCUGAUAACAGAAAUAGCCAAGCUCUCUCUGACUCUGUUCCACCAUUUAUUCAAAUUUCACUCUUUUUUUUUCUCUCUCUCUGUUCAUAAAUUCAAUCACCAAACUAGGGCGCUCCUUUGCCCCAUUUUUUCACUCUUCCUUUUUAUACUAUCAGGGGGUUUUUCUGCCUCAAUACAUUUCUGCUUCAGGGUUUUACAUGGAGGUUCAUGCUAUCUUUCAUGAAGUUUUAAAUCUCUUGAAGGUCCGUUUGCCUCCAUGAUUUUUGUUAGCUAUGAAACUGGAAAGUGACUCUUCAUUUUACAAUUCAAUGACCAGCCGGAACGAUGCUCCAGAAUCUCUCGAAUGCAAUUACAGCAGUACUGUGUUGCAACACCGGGUCAUGAGUAAUAAUCCAACUAGCCUCUCAUGUCAAGAGAAGAUAAACCAGGAAAACGUUAUUCAAUCUUCACAUUCUUCUUGUGAUGGGAAUAUUUGCAUGAUUACUAAGAUUAACCGGUCUUCUACAGAUGUUUUUGAUAAUAAUGCUGAAGGUAUUAGCGCAUUUGGGGCAUCAUCCAAUAUGAAACCCUCAUUCUCAUAUGUGGACAAAAGUGUCAUGGAAUGUCAAAUGUCAAAAACGAUAGUCUGUGACCAAGAAAUUAAUGUCAAUGAUGUGAAGGAUAUCUGCAUCGAUGAAGGGGUGGCUUCUCUGGAAAAUUUCUUCUUUAAGAGUACGGUCGAGAAGUCGAUUAGUAAAAUCUCCCCUCUGGAGGAAGACCGGAACGAAGGAUCUAUAAAAGAAAAAGAGACUUCUUUUGAGGUGUCCAAGUUCAUAGCAGAUGAUCAUAAAGUUUCUUUAGAAGAUCACUUUGCCAUGGAUUGGACUACUCAUAAUGAUGCGAAGGACUUGACACAGAUAGAGGAAGAAAAACUCAAUCUGAGCGAGCCAGAAGUUUUGAUGCAAAAGCUAGUUAAGAAAAGUUGCUCUUCCGAGUCUUUAGAUAAAAUAGGUGUGCAGAUAUCUGGUGAAAAAGCAAAUUUGGAAGACCCUUCUUCAGCUUCCAAAUCUGUUGAUUCUUGCAACGACACUCCUGCUCUGGGCUCUGCAGCAGAACCACCCAGUCAUAACAUCGCAGCGCAUCCUUCAGGUUAUAAUGAUGAAUUUGAGAAUGGAAGUAUUGCACUUACUCUCAACUCGAUCUCUCCAGUGGCGAAUGGUGGAGAAGAACAUCAGGAGUGUUGCGGAAGAAGUGAUUCUGUAAUUGGAACUCAAGUUUCAACCAAUCUGGAAUAUAGAACUUCAGAUAGUAGACUACUUUCGAGUCAAAACAUGAACGACAUUGGCGAGUCUAGUUUCUCUGCCGUAGAUCCACUAGCUAGUCUUGUUACUUACUCAGGGCCAGUAGCCUAUUCUGGAAGCAUCUCGCUUCGAUCAGAAAGUAGCACAACAAGCACACGUUCUUUUGCCUUCCCUAUAUUACAGACCGAAUGGAAUAGUAGCCCGGUUAAAAUGGUAAAAGCUGAACGGAGGCAUUACCGAAAGUAUCGAGGUUGGAGGGAGGGACUUCUAUGCUGCAAAUUCUGACUGCUUCCGUGCUAUCUCUAGAGUUAGAUUCUGUUUGUGCAUCAUCCAAAUUUAUUUUCACACACAUGUAAGUAGAUGUAUUAUUUACUGGAGGUUAUGCAUUUCAUUCAUAGUCAUUCUUUACAGUUUGGCCUAUUAUGUGAAAUUUAAUGUAUUGGUAAUACUUCAUAUCUUUCUUUUCUCUGGAAAAUUUCUCCAGUAGACCAUAUUUCUCCAUUAUGCUUGUAAACCAUGGCUCUUUGAUUUAUAUAAGGAUGGCAAAGCAUGAAAUGGUUGCUCUGUUGCUCUGUUUAUGGCCAUGAUAUUGGAUAGAAGUUUUCUUGUUUUUCUCUUA